AUGCGUUUCCCUCCUGGCUUCUCCAAUGGUAAACCAGGUCAUGCAUGCAAGCUUCUACGCUCUCUUUACGGUCUUAAGCAGUCUCCAAGGAACUGGUUUGCCAAACUCCGCACAUCUCUCCUCACUUUCGUCGGACCCCUUAGAGGAGAUGAUUUAGCUCUAUGUGAUCGAGUCAAAGCCCAUCUGCGCACCUGGUUCAAGAUCAAAGACUUAGGCCACCUCAAAUACUUCCUUGGUAUUGAAUUUGCUCCAAGCCAAUUUGGCUUAUUUCUUAGCCAACAAAAAUUUGCAUUGGAUAUCCUACAAGAAUGUGGUCUUCAGGGUUGUAAACCAGCAGCAUAUCCAAUGGAUCCAAAUCAUAAACUUGCUCUUGCAGAUGGUCUUCCUUAUAACGAUCCCAAACGCUACCGUCGCAUCAUUGGUCGUUUAGUGUACCUCACUAUAACACGUCCAGAAUUGAGCUAUGCCGUGCACUCUCUCUCUCAGUUCUCGCACAACCCCAUGCAGCUGCAUUUUGAUGCUACGAUUCGAGUAUUACGCUAUAUCAAGAAAAAUCCUGGCCAAGGUCUUCUUCUACGCUCUGAUUCUGAUCUCCUUGUUCGAGCUUACUGUGACUCCGAUUGGGCUAGUUGUCCACUUACCCGCAAGUCUGUCACAGGGUAUUACAUCACACUCGGCCACUCUCCCAUCUCAUGGAAAACCAAGAAACAACACACCAUUUCUCGUUCCUCCGCUGAAGCCGAGUAUCGCGCAAUGGCAGCAGCUGCUUCUGAGCUCAUUUGGAUCAAAUCCUUCCUGAGUUCCCUUGAUCUUACUCAUACAGAACCAAUGACGCUUUUCUGUGACAGUCAAUCAGCCAUUCACAUUGCUACCAAUCCAGUCUUCCAUGAGCGCACAAAGCACAUCGAAUUGGAUUGCCAUUUUGUUCGCGAACACAUCCUCGACAAAUCAAUAUCCACUCAGCACAUUCGGACACAGUCUCAACCAGCUUACAUUAUGACAAAAGCACUAGGCUCAAAACAGUUUGAUUUCUUAGUUGCCAAGUUGGGCAUUGCAUCCCUUCAUGCCCCAACUUGA